AUUCUUAAUUGUUUUUAUUGCUACCUCCAGCUCCUUUUUCCUCCUCUCUAGAACUCUUCUCUCCUUGGUUUUGUUCGGAUUUAAUCUUCGACCUUUGAUUUGCUUAUUUUUAUCUUUUUUUUUUGUUUUGUUUUAGACCCGGAAGUUAACCAGAUUUUGGUUGUGUCGUCGCGGAUACUUUUACUUGCCCCUUCUCCCUUCCUUCAUCAAGGCUGUAACCGCUUCUUGCAGAGGAACUGCAAGAAUGACCCAACAGAGUCAAUCUUUUAUUGAGCCUGAUGACUUCAAUGAUAAUGAUUCUAGUUACCAGAGCUCGCUAGGUGACGCUAGCUACACAACCAGUAUAACCUCUAGUGCUAUGGCCUAUACAUAUGAGAACGGUCGCAGAUAUCACUCGUAUCACGAAGGAGAAUACAUUUUGCCCAACGAUGAGCAAGAACAGGACCGACUCGACCUCAGCCAUCACAUCUAUCGCAUGCUCUUGAAAGGCGAAUUACACCGGGCGCCCAUCAAGAAUCCCCCACGGGUGUUGGAUAUCGGUACGGGCACGGGUAUCUGGGCCAUCGACUUUGCGGACGAACAUCCCGAAUCUGAAGUUAUUGGAAAUGAUCUCAGCCCCAUCCAGCCCUCUUGGAUCCCACCGAAUUGCCGCUUCGAGGUAGACGAUUUCGAGCUCACCUGGUCGUACAGCCAACCCUUUGAUUACAUCCACGGCCGCGAACUGGAAGGCGCCAUCCGCGACCAUGACAAGGUGUUCAGCGAAGCAUUUAAAAACCUGAAGCCUGGAGGAUAUUUUGAGAUCUGUUCUAUCGACGUGAACACGUACUCCGAUGAUGAUACACACCUCAAGGCCAAAUGUCUUCUGGAAGGCAUUAAGCACAUGCACGCGUCAGCCGAGACAUUCGGCAAGGGUUUGUCAACAACACACACGUGGAAGGAACGACUCGACAAGGCUGGGUUUGUGAACGUUCAUGAGGAAAUCUUCAAGCUCCCUCAGAGCCCCUGGCCCAAAGACCCGAAACUGAAGGACCUCGGUCGAUACCACCAGGUCAAUAUGUUCGAGGCCUUACCACCUUACUGCUAUGCGCUAUUCACCCGAGUACUAGGCUGGCAGCGGAACGAAAUUGAGGCGCUGGUAGCCGGUAUGAGACAGGAGUUGCGUGAUUUGUCAAUUCAUCUUUAUUCCAAGGUGCAUAUAGUGUAUGGGCAGAGGCCAGAGUGA